GGGUGGUCCAUCAUGGGACAUGGUGUGAAGUAAUAGCCAGUUUCACAGUCCCACAGUCACAGAGCUAAGUUUUCAGCCACCAGAGACGCACUACCGCUACUGUCUGGGAUUCCCAGUUCCUCAGCUAAACGGCCGUCUGUCCGUCUGACUGACCCGACUUCAUUUUGGCCAAUACUUCACGCUAGUUUUAUUGGUUUUUCCGAGAGAUUUUGAGAAGAAGGGAAAACAUUCGCCAUGCAGUCUUGUGCCAGGUGUGGGUUUGUGGUCUACCCAGCUGAGAAGAUCAACUGCAUUGACCAGAAUUGGCACAAAGCAUGUUUUCAUUGUGAUGUCUGCAAAAUGGUACUCACUCCAAAUAACUUUGUCAGCCACAAGAAGAGGCCGUACUGCUCUGUGCACAAUCCAAGGAACAACACAUUCACAAGCGUCUAUGAGACCCCCAUCAACAUUAACGCAAAGAAGCAAAGUAAGGCCAGCAGUGAGCUGAAGUAUCGCGAAGAUGGCGAACGCUUUAUGUCCACCUUCCACUGUGACACGAGAUCCAUGGAGCUGGAGAAGGCUUGCCUAGCCAAUCAGAUGGCCAGCCAGGCCUUUCAGUCUCAGUCUGAGUUCUCACAGCAGCAGACCUGGUAUUCAGGGAUGGUGAGCAACCAGGAGAUAGUGACAAUGUCCCAGGCACAGAAUACCAUCAGUGAUGUCAAAUACACAGAAGAAUAUGAGCAGUCAAAAGCAAAGGGUAGCUUCCCUGCAAUGAUCACACCGGGCUACCAAACUGCCAAGAAGGCAAAUACCUUAGCAAGUAAUCUGGAAUAUAAAAAAGGACAUGAGGAAAGAGUUUCCAAAUACACAACAUUUGUGGACCCCCCUGAGGUGAUUCUGGCCAAGAAACAAGGACAAAUUGCUAGCGAUUAUGCCUACACAGAAGAAUAUGAGCAGCAGAGAGGUAAAGGUAGUUUCCCUGCACACCUUACGCCUGGAUACAAAAUGUCAAAGAAGGCCACUGAGCUGGCCAGUGACAUCAAGUAUCGUCAGAUGUACGAACAGGAGAUAAAGGGGAAAGCCAGCGCUGAAGCGGCCGCUGCUGAGAUUGUCCAUGCCAAAGAAAAUGCAGAGAACUUCAGCCACAUUGCCUAUACUGAAGAAUACGAGCAACAGCGAGGCAAAGGCAGUUUCCCCGCCAUGAUUACGCCUGGUUAUCACCUUGCAAAGAAGGCACAGGAAAUUGCCAGUGAUUUAAAAUACAAGAAAGACUUAAACAAGAUGAAGGGCACGUCACACUUUCACAGUCUGACCUCUGAGGAUAAUCUGGCACUGAAGAACGCACGAAAAAUCAACAAGAUUGUCAGUGAGGUGGAGUAUAAAAAAGACUUGGAGAACAGCAAAGGACACAGCAUCAAUUUCUGUGAGACGCCACAGUUUCAAAAUGCAGCCAAGGUUGCCAAGUUCACCAGUGAUAACAAAUAUAGAGAGAAAUACACUACUGGUAUGAAAGGCCACUAUGAAGACUCGGGUAUUGAUAAGAAGACCAUGCAUGCCAUGAAAGCGAGGACGCUGGCAAGUGAUAUUACUUAUAAACAGGGCUGUGAGCAGGAGCAGGCUGAAUACAACUACCCGGCCAAUCUUACACCAGGUUACCAAAGCCAAAGAAAACUGGAUCCACUGAAAGAGAAGAACUACAGGCAGCACAUUGACCAGGUGAAGUACAAGUCGGUGACAGACACACCUGACAUUGUUUUGGCCAAGAAAAAUGCUCAGCUUGUCAGCAAUUUAAAUUACAAAGCUGGGUAUGAGAAGACAAAGCAUCAGUACACACUAUCCCAAGACCUGCCCCAAAUCCAAAAAGCCAAAGCUAAUGCUGCUUUGUGUAGCGAUAUUAAAUAUAAGGAGGAGUGGGAGAAGACAAAGUCUAAAGCUUGUGAAAUUGGUGUGGACGAUCUGAGCGUCAAAGCAGCCAAGGCCUCCCGAGACCUUGCAAGUAACAUUAAAUACAAAGAGAGUUACAUGAAGAACAAGGAGAAGGCUGUGGGGGUCAACGUGAGCGACUCCAAGACUCUUCACUCUCUGCAAGUGGCUAAGAUGAGCAGUGAUAUUGAAUACAAGAAGGGCUCUAAAGAGAGCCAGGCCCAGUACAGCCUUCCUCUGGACAUGAUCAACCUAAGCCAUGCCAAGAAGGCCCAGGCACUCGCCAGUGACCUGGAAUAUCGCACAAAGCUCCACGACUACACAGUCAUGGCAGAUGACAUCAAGGUCCAGCAGGCCAAAAAGGCUUAUGCCCUCCAAAGUGAGAACCAGUAUCGUUCAGACUUGAACUGGAUGAAAGGAGUGGGCUGGGAGACUGAAGGAUGUCUCAACAUCACUCAGGCAAAGAAAGCUGGAGAGCUGCUUAGUGAUACCAAAUACCGUCAGAAGGCAGACAGCAUCAGGUUCACCCAGGUGGCCGAUGAUCUCUCCAUCAAGCACGCAAAGAAAAGCCAGGAACUGCAGAGCGAUUUGGCCUACAAAGCAAACACAGAGCAGAUGCUGCACCAGUACACCAUCACAAAGGACGAACCUCUUUUCAGACAAGCAAAGGCUAACGCGGACCUUCUCAGUGCAAAAGUGUACAAGAGCAACUGGGAGAAGCAGAGGGAAAAGGGCUUUGAGCUCCGUUUGGACUCCCUAUCUAUACUCACAGCAAGAGCCAAGAGAGACCUGGCUAGUGAUGUGAAAUACAAAGAGACGUAUGAGAAAAACAAAGGCAAGAUGAUUGGCAUUAAAGCGGUCAGUGAGGAUUCUCAGAUGGCUCACUCCUCUCUGGCCACCAAACUACAGAGUGAUCGCCACUACAAAAAGAACUACGAGGAUACUAAGACCAAAUACAGUGUUUCCCUGGAUAUGCUGAACAUCAGCCAUGCCAAGAAGGCUCAAGACCUGGCAACCGAGACCAAUUAUAGGACUAUACUCCAUGAAUACACUACUUUGCCAACUGACAUUAAUGUUGCCUGGGCGAAGAAGGCUUAUGGACUACAAAGCGAUAAACAGUACAAGUCAGAUUUGAACUGGAUGAAGGGCGUUGGCUGGGAGGCCUCGAAAUCUCUAGAUGUCCUGCAAGCAAAGAAAGCUGGGGAGCUGGUCAGCGAGAAAAAGUAUCGUCAGGAUGUGAGCGCUCUGAAGUUCACCAGUGUUGAAGACACUCCAGAGAUGAUCCAGGCCAAACUAAGCAACAAACUUGCGAUUGAUAGGUUGUACAGGGAGAAGGGUGAAAACAUGAAGCACAACUACACACUGAGCGGAGAGUUACCCGAGUUGGUGCAAGCCAAGCUGAAUGCCAUGAAUAUCAGUGAGACGCAAUACAAGGAAUCUUGGAAGAAGAUACGUGAUGGCGGUUACAAGCUGCGUCUGGAUGCCAUUCCUUUCCAGUCUGCCAAAGCAUCUGCAGAGAUCCUCAGUGAUCAAAAGUACAGAGAAGAAUUUCAGAAGACCAAAGGGAAGAUGAUCGGUCUGAAGGGACUGCAGGAUGACUUGAACAUUGCUCACUCAGUCUAUGCCAGCAAGCUACAGAGUGAUAUCAAGUAUAAGAAGGACUCUGCAAAGGAACUCUCAAAGUUCCACCUACCCAUGGACAUGCUGGAGGUUGCACAUGCUAAAAAGGCACAGUCAUUAGUCAGUGACCAGGAAUACCGGCUGUCCCUGCAUCAAUACACCGCGCUGCCGGAUGACUUGAAGCUGCUAGCUGCCAAGAAAGCAUACACCCUGCAGAGUGAGAAAUUGUAUCGCUCUGACCUGAACUACCUGCGUGGCACAGCCUGGAUCGCCACUGGUGCUCUGCAGAUUGAAGGAUCCAAGAAGGCCACAGACCUCAUCAGUGAAAAAAAGUACCGUCAGCAGCCGUACAACUUCAAGCACACCUCUGUUGCUGACUCUCCAGAUAUUAUCCAUGCCAAACACAGUUCACAGAUCGCAAAUGAACGUUUGUAUAAGGAGAAAGGGGUGAAUGACCAACACAGCUACACUAUUACAUCUGAGAGGCCAGAGAUUACACAAGCAAAGAUCAAUGCAGCCAACUUUAGUGAGAUAAAGUACAGAGAGUCCUGGCACACUCUGAGGGCUCAGGGAUACAAACUCACCAUGCAGGACAUCCCCUUCCAGGCUGCCAAGAGCUCCACGGGCAUAGCCAGUGAUUACAAGUACAAACACAACCACCUGCUGGAAAAGGGGAAGCACAUUGGGGUCAAAUGCAUCAUGGACGACCCACAUAUGCUGCACUGCCUGCAGGCCGGCCGAUUGGCCAGCGACCAGGAGUACCGCAAGGAUGCACUGACAACCAGCGGGCAGUACCACCUCACUCCAGACAUGAUUAAUCUGGUGGCGGCUAAGAAUGCGCAGGCACUGGCCAGCGACCAGGACUACAGGACGAGGCUGCACAAGUACACGGUGCUCCCUGACGACAUGAAGGUCAAAUGGGCCAAAAAGGCUUAUGAACUGCAGAGUGAGAAACUCUACAAGUCAGACCUCAAUUUCAUAAAAGGGGUAGCCUGGGAUGGAGUGGGUGCGCCUCAGCUGGAGUCUGCCAAAAAGGCUGGAGAACUUAUAAGUGAUAAGAGGUAUCGCCAGCUGCCAGACAGCCUGAAGUUUACCUCAGUGCCCGACUCUCCUGAUAUAGUCCACGCUAAGACUAGCUAUCAGCAGUGCAGUGAGAGGCUGUACAAAUCUGGAAAGAAUGACGACAUGCAUAAAUACACCUUGCAUCCAGAUGAUCCAGACUUCAUCAGAGCAAAGAUGAAUGCCCAGCAGAUUAGUGAUAAAGUUUACAAGGCGUCUGGGGAGCAAGUGAAGACAUCGGGCUAUGACCUGAGGCUGGACGCUAUUCCCUUCCAAACUGCUAAGGCUUCCAGAGAAAUCGCUAGUGAUUUCCGCUACAAGGAGGCUCACCUGAAGGAGAAGGGCCACCAGGUAGGCCUGCGCUGCGUGGAGGAUGACCCUAAGAUGUUGCACUCUCUGGCAGCAAGCAAACUCCAAAGCAACUUAGAGUACAAACGUCAGUCCAAGGAGGAACGUGCCCACUACAACAUCCGCCCGGAUCAGCCCGAGUUCCUGCACGCCAAAAAGAGCCAAGCUCAGGCUAGUGACCUCACCUAUCGACACAAGCUCCACGACUACACCUGUGACCCCGAACAGCUCAAUGUCAAGCAUGCAAAGCAGGCCUACAAACUGCAGAGUGAUGUGAACUACAAGUCGGACCUGAACUGGAUCAGAGGAGUGGGCUGGACCCCUCCUGGUUCUCAUAAAGCAGAGCUUGCACGCCGGGCUGCAGAGUUGGGGCUGGCUGAUGGAGUUAGCGCUGAUGAGGCUAUUGCGAAGUAUCAGCAACACAUGAUGCUGCAUUAUCAGCAGAUGAUGGAGGAGCAGCAACAACAGCAACAGCAAGCUUCUGAGCAGGUGGAGACCAGCGAGGAGAUCCAGCGAGGUGUCAACAUGGAUGCGAUGGAAGUUCUUCAUGUCAAGAGGAAGAAGACCAUCCAGACCGUGCAGAAAAAGUCCAGCACCACCACAACUUCAUUCAGAUCCAUGGAGAAGAAGUCCAGCACCACCUCGUCUUCGUCUUCAGCCACCCUUCAGAACACAACCAAGUCCAGUAAAGUUGCUGCCAUAGAAGAAGCGUAGAGCAAAGGAGACAUUUGGAGACAGAGAUGGUCACUUUUAGAAAGUGUGCUUAUAUUUGACUGAGUUAUUUUACUACUUUGAUGAAGCGAUAAUUGUGACUUUGCAGUUACAUGAGAAGCCACAAUAUUAUCAGAGCUGCUAUAGAUGUAAUAACAAACUGCAGCAGAGUUCAUAUGAUUAAGAGUGAGAUUAAGCAUGUUGAACCAGGACACCACUAGUGAUGUUUGUUGGAAGGAUUGUUGGUAUUUGUGUGAGUGCUAAGGUGUAAAUUUCAAUUGAAGAGCCAUUUUUAGCAAAUUCAAGCAAAACGACAGGAUUAACAAAGCUGAAUUAAAGUUAUUGCAGGUUGAAGGUCAAACUGCUGAAGGAAAGUUUUUGCUUUCAUAUACUGAGUGUAUUUGGAAGAAAUAUGGGCUGGACCAGAUUGUUAUAUGGCCACUGAUGCAGAGUGCAAAGGAUUUCAAACUCAUUUUUUUACACUUUGCUUGGUCCUUUUUAAAAAAAAUCUGAUAAAUACUGUAUGCUGAAAGUUCAAAUGAUGAAAGCACAAAACCUUGUUGCAGUCUUGCAAAACAGGUUUGAUCAUUUUAUGCACUUAAGUAUAAGCCUACUGAAGUGAUGGGAUGUACUUUUGUCUGGCAGGUUCAGCUUUGUGAGUUUGUGUCUCUUUUAACUCAAAGCUGGGCUCGGAGUAAAUUCUUGGUUUUAUCAAUGAUUAAUAAACUGUUUUUGUUGGGUUGUUUUCCCAGGCAAGCUAAGCUAUUGUCCCUUUUUAUUCCCAGAAUACAAAUGACUGCUAAGUACAGAAAAACACACAGCAAAGUAAGGUGAAUCAGAUGAGUGAUGUUGAGUUGAUCUUGCUCCUGAUCUAGCUGUAUGUAUGGACGCUGGUGUAGACACCAGGCUUGUUCUUCUGACCACAGCUUACCACUAGAGUGACAUAGUGCAUGCUGUUUGUGAUUACUUUCACACAACCCCCCAAAAAUAUAUGCUCACACGCACCAAUGGGCCUCCAGAAUCAGCCUGCAGUGUCAGACAGACCAAGAUGUUUUAUGUAAAGGAUCACUGACAUUUUUGAUGCAUCUUAUGAUGUAAAAGCAAUCUGCAAGAAUUUUGGAUUACUUUGAUAUAGAACAAACAAAAUAAAAUACAAGUUGCCUUUAAA